UAUACCUUACUGAAUGGCUUUAGUUUAUCAAAUCUGUCAGGUAUUGAAGAUCGUUUUAAACAACUGUAGCCUUAUGUUGGUUGGUCGCACAGACUAUAUGAAGGGUAUGACGGUGGUGAAUGUAUCAUUUGCUGCGGCUGGGUUUUUAGGAGCAUAUCAUCUGGGGGUAACAGAGGCGUUACUGAGACACGGAGAUAAACUGCUGUCCUCUUUAAAAGCCUGCGCCGGAGCUUCAGCUGGUGCUUUAGUGGCCACUGUGAUGAUCACUGCUCCUGAUAAACUACAGCAUUGUAAGGAAUUCACCUACAGGUUUGCCAGUAAUGUGAGAAGUCAGAGAUUUGGAGCUGUGACGCCAGGAUAUGACUUCAUGCUUGAACUGAGGGAGGGCAUCGAAGAGAUUCUCCCACCCAAUGCCCAUCAGUUAGCCAAUGAACGCCUCCAUGUUUCAAUAACACACUCAAAGACAUACAAGAACAACAUGGUGUCCAGCUUCACCUCAAGGGAAGAUCUAAUUAAGGUGCUCUUGGCCAGCUGCUUUGUGCCUGUCUAUGCUGGAGUGAAGCCAGUGGAGUUCCAAGGGCAGAAAUGGAUGGAUGGCGGAUUCACAGACAGUCUUCCUGUUCUCCCUGUGGGACGCACAAUAACAGUGUCACCAUUUAGUGGCCCCCAGGAUAUUUCCCCAGCACAUAAGGGCAUAAGUAAGCUUCACCUCAGAUUGGCCAACAUGAGAGUUGUGUUCUCCAAGGACAACAUCAUACGGCUGAACCAGGCCCUGUUUCCUCCCUCAUUAACCAGGCUCAAGGCACUGGAUCAAGAGGGAUACCAGGAUGCUGUUCACUUUUUAAAGAAAGAUGGAUGGAUGUAAUAACUGAUUUUCUCCUUUCUAGCACUUUCAACUGCUUGAAUGUCUAAAAUGUGGCAUAUUGACAGCAAGACAAAUUCCUCAUAGCAGUUCAUUUGUGGCGUGCAAUAUUAUGUUCAGUGUAAUAAUCAUACUUUGACUUGGUGUCUAGUUUCAUUCUCAAGAUUAAAAGCACAGUAAAAUACAUCAUGUAUUUCAGGAGGCUGAAUGGUCAUUGUU